AUGCUCCAAAAAUUAAAUGUAUUCUCGUUGCUAUCCAUAUUUUACAAUUUAAAAUAUUUUUUUCUUUUCAGACCCGUAUACGCGUUGCUAGACGAGUGCACUAGCGCCGUUUCCAUGGAAACCGAGGUCGUUAUGUACGAAGAGGCGGUGAAAGAGGGCAUUACACUCCUCUCUAUCACGCACAGGCCUAGCGUAUGGAAAUACCACACGCAUGUCCUAGAGUUCGACGGUACUGGCAACUGGUCCUUCCGGCCGCUAGAAAAGGACGCCCCCGCUAUUACCCCCUCCAUUACCCCUUCUCUCCCCCCUCCUACCACCGCACAGAGCGACAGCGAUUAGAACUGUAUGGUCAUACUGAGUAUAAUAUAACAGGCCUUUGCAUCUAUAACAGAUGAUUCAAGAAACCAUACUUUGACCAUAAA